AUGGCCCUGUCCUUACCUCCAGACCCUACACCCCUAUCAGAGCCCCCUGUCCACCCCCGUGGAGCCCCUAUGGAACUGGACGUUGCUGGAGACACCACCUGCUCUGCAUCUGCAGAGAGAAUCAGGCCAGGGCAGGACUCCUUGGACCCUCUUGAGCAUUUCCAGGGUGGGCUGAGAGGUGCUGAGUCUGCCACCAGCGCUCCCAGGUUUCCAACCCCCUUUUCUUAUGAGGAUACAGCUGGAGGUAGACACUAUGAGCACCUCAUAUCUGGCUGUGAGCAGCAAAGCGGGGAGUAUGCUUAUUUGACCUGGAUCGAGGCCUGGGACCUGGGGUACCAACCGAGUGGGAUGGUCCAGCUGCAGGUAGGUGGACGGGAGGCCAAGAUGUGGGUGUUUGAGGAGACUGACAGACCAGACCAGGACAUGGAGGCUGAUGGGGACUCAGAUGGGCUGGUUGGUCUCACCACCCCUGCAGAACUGGAGUGGGACCCAGCGGGGGAUCUUGGGCUGCUGAGCCAAAAAGCAGCGUGGACGCCAGGGACCCCAUGUGAGCUAUGUGGCCAUAGGAGCUCCCAGGUCAGGGGACAAGACCUGGAGCACAAGAAUAUGCAAGCGUCCCUCAGCCCUCAGGAUGUGAUACAGAAGGUGGAUCUUGGAACCCCUGCACAGGAAUCCACAUGGCCUCUGAUCUUCUUCCUCUUCCUCUUUCUGCUGUGUGCCAUAUUGCUCUUGGCAGGGGGCCUCUGCAGCUUUCACACCCGACUGACCAGGACACCUUACCUGGUGCUCAGUUAUGUCAACGGUGCCCCCCCAACCUGA